AUGUCCACACGCGGUGCCCGAACCGUCGAACAUGAUGAUGCUGAUCUCUGCAAAGCGUGCAUCAUGAGAGACUACGAAUAUUUCGACGAGGGCAAGCUCCUUCACGCCUCUCGUGUCAACAAGGACCGCACUUCUCUUGGCAAAAAGAUACUCACCAGAGGAGCCAUCAUGUUUGGCCUCAUUGCCCUCGUCUUCGGAAUUGGUCUUCUCGCCUCCCACUGUCGUAUGCUUGCCAUGGUGCCUUUGCCAUACUUGGCUAACGGUGACAAUUCAGAUGGUGCAUCUCCCCCCGAGGCAGAGCUCAUCCAUGCGGAGCAGAUGGUGUCAGAGGCCGCCCAUGAGCUGGCUCGUCGUGGGGAAUGCGGCGAAGAUGGAAUCCCCUAUAAUCUCGCUGGCAACGUUGUCAUGGCCCAGAUUGCUGGAUCCUCUGGUCUCGGCACCGGCACCGGCACCGGCACUGGCACCGGAAUCCCUUUCCGCAUCAACGGCACUGUCGGUGCCGUUGGUACGACGGGUUAUACGUUGACUGCCAAGAGAGGAACGGGUCGAAGCACCGAAACCGGUAGCGUCGAGGCUUCUGUCAUGGAAACGUCCCAGACGGCGUCCGAACUCGAGACUAUACCCUUUGGCGUCAGCAUUCCUAUUUCGACUCAAACUGCCGUGUCGACCAUAUAUAGCAUUCGCACAACGGAUGAGUUUACGACUCGUGCUACUCAGACGACGGCGAUUACCUAUGUGCCGCCUGAGUCCGAGGAAGAUGGCUGCACUGCUGACCCGACGACCAAGACCCUCUCUGUCUAUGUCACCGUCUCUCCUGUCCCGAUCGUGACAAUCACUGCUGGUCGGCUGACGGCUACCCAAUAUGACACGGACGUUUCCUUCACCGACGGCCUUCCUGACGUGACGCUCUCCGAGCUCCCGUCCACUCGCACGGCCGUUCUCACUCAUGUCUCCUUCACCAACGGCCCUCCUGAUGUGACCAUCUCGGCCCUCCCAGAUACGCAAACCGACGUGCUGACCGACGUCUCCUUCACGGCCGGACCGCCCGACGCUACAGUGUCGGGAAAGCCGUCGACGGUAACGCACAUCGAGGCCAGCAUCUCCCCAAGCCAGUUCACCACAAUCACCAUCACAAAUCUCUGGGGCACGUUUUCACCGCAACCCUUGACGACGGUGACGGAAACCGACACGACCCAGAGGACGGUCACCGAGUACAAGAGUGUUACGGUCACGGCUGAGCAGAGCACGGGAGAAAUUACCAUCACGAUCACGGAUCCUUUCAACCUCCCGGCGAGCAGCACCAGCACCAGCACAAGCGCGAACGCCUACUCCUCCGCGCUGGGCGAGGCUCUCACCCCCAUGCCGUCCGAGCCCGACGUCGUCGUCACCCAGACCUUCACCACCACUGUCAAAGGAGGCCCUCCUGCUGUUUCCUUCACCACGGUGCGCGUGCCCGCUCGUGGCACCAACGGCACGGUCGACGCCACGCCUUCCGCCGUCGUCGUAUCGGAUGGUGGUAAAAGGACGGCACCUCGCGGCUGGGGUAGCAGCAACGGCUCUGGCAGUCUGGGAUGUCUCAUCAUGCUGGGUGCCCUCAUCGUGCUUGCCCUCUAG